CAUAAGCAUACUUGGUUAUUGGAAAAACAGCUAGAUCUGACGCCCCGACACUUACAGCAACAGUCCAACUUCUUGAACCAGCUUGCCACGCUACCCUCGCGCCGCUGACCAGGACUUCCUAAUGGCUAUCACUGGAAAGGGUAGCAAGGACCAAGUCACUCGCGGGACAGCUGCUUCGGCCGACCGUAAGGUCAAGGGAGAUCGUGAGAAGUUUGAGACAUACAAGGGCGAGAAGCGUGUUGCCAACCAGGCGCGCAAGGCGCCUCGCAAACAGAAGUCCCUCGCCGAGGACUUCCCGCUCGGCGCCACCGGACUGUAUCUUUCGCUUCUGGCCUUCAUCGCCUUUGUGUCCGCGGCGCUGUACUGGGUGGUGGUCCUCAGCUACCCCGCCAACUAGACGCCUCCCCUAACGCAGUGGGAGGGAGGGUACUGGCCCAGCAGCCUAGGGCCUCGGAUCAUAUCGCCUGGUGAUGGCACAGUAGUAGAGGCUGCACAGUAGGUGUGGACGUACACAGCAGGCGGCGCCAGGGCAUCGGACGACUUCGCACACCGUAGCGGAGCACAGCGCGAAGCGGAGCACAGCGUAGCGUACAGGCAGCAAUAGCACACACCGUUGCCUGGCACACUGCAUUCCGGGUCAUAUAACACAAAAAGAUGAAGCUGCUAGCAGAAGGAUUCGCCAAGGGAGCGGAGGGCUUCGUCAAGCUGCUACCGGAGGAGGG